AUAUAUAUAUAUAUAUAUAUAUUAAUGAAUCGAAAUCUUUGAAGAUGAAAUGUGUAUUCAUUUGUGAUUGGCUUUGAAUGUAUAUAAGGUUUGCAAACGUUUUAAAAAUUGUUAACGGAAAAUUUUUUUGGAAAAAAAAUAGCGGAUUGAGCGACCAAAAAUAUUCCUUUUCAGAUAGUUCCUUAUCAUCGGCUCUAUACUAAUAUGUAGUUUUUAUAUCAACUGGACAGUAUACUCACUUCCUGAGCUUCGUACCUGCAUAGUUCAAACGUAAUCUGGUUAGAUGUCUUGUUCACCGGGCUAGAGUUAUCUGUUAAAAUGAGACAGUGAACGAAGAACUCGGUAAUAUUCGUGAUCUACUAAGUAGAAACGGAUAUCCAACCAAAUUCGUGAACAAACACAUGGACUCAGAAAGUAAAAAGUCGACUGUUCCCCAAGAAUCAGUCUUCCUAAGAUUACAAUUUAUCGGUGAUGUCAUUAAUGACAUCUUAUCACAAGACAUACUGCCCUGUUUCUCCUCUUCCAUGUAUAAUUACCAGUUUAACUGCCCGUGCCAAGCUAGCUACAUAGGGCGUAAGAUCAGGCAAGUUCAUCGUCGGAUUUCUGAACACCUCUCAUCUUGGUCUGGCAUAGGUCUGAAUAAAACUAUACGCAAGACAAUACUGGUUCAUCUCGUCGAUACUGGAUAUCAGAUUGACACUAACAAAGCUUUUAAAGUUAUUUAUCGUGUAUCACUCAACUUCUCUUGUGGUCUAAGAAUACCACUUUUACAUGCAGCAGAGGCAAUCGGAAUUCAUCUGAAGAAGGCAAAUCCUGUGUGUUCAAAAGAAAUUUGUGCAGCCGCUUUCCUUACUAUGGCCAACUACAUAAUAUGCAGUUUUUAGAGAUGAGUUUUUAUCCUCCCCUUUGUAACUAUCUUUUGACUUCAUUACUUCACUAUGUUUACAAUUCUAGCUAAUUCUAUUAACUCGUUUGUAUUUUACGUAAUUCUACUGAGUUAUCCUAUUCUUACAGGAUUUCAUCAUGAGCUG